AUGAAAAGAACGCUUCGUAGUUCAUUAAGAAGUAGCAACAAACAAUUAAAAAAACAAUCAGAUACAUCGAUACCUCCACCACAAUCACCUCCGCAAACUCCAGAAACUGAAAAUAAAAAUUUUUUUGAUACGUCAACAGCAGGUACGACUUUAAAUUCUGAAACUGAUACGGUAACUGAAGGAUAUAAUGAUUACGAUCUAGAAAAAACCAAUGAAACCAAUAAACAAGCUAAAUACAUUGAAAAGGAUUUAGCAAGUGUUAAUGAGCGAGGUAAGGUAAAUAAAGAAAAAGACAAGGCAGUGAUAGUCUCAGACAACAAAAUGGUAAAGAAUAAAGAUAUAAUUAACGUAGAUGAAUCAAAAUUAUUAUUACAAGGUAUAAUAGUAGAAACCGAGGAUAAAUCAUUAUCAAUCUCUUUGGAUACUGAAAGGAAAUGUUUUAGUUUAACAGUAAAAUCGAAUGUACAUAAAGUUAAAAUUUUACCAAAAUUAAAAACAAAGUUGGUUCGAUUAAUUAUAAAUCAUCAAGGUAGAUCAAUAAAUCAUACGAAUUAUCAUAAUCCUUAUUUAAUACUUUUAAAAGAUGGGUUAAACCAUAUUGAGAUUUUGGCGAAAGAAUUAGAAUCAAGUGUAGAUGAUCGAGAAUUUGGUACCUUUAACGGAGAUUGGAGAUUUGAAGAUAAAUAUUCCCUUUUUAUCACGAAAUUGUGA